GCGGGGCGCGGAGCGCGGGGCGGACGGCUGCAGACGGCGGCGUGUGCGGGGAGGGAGCGGGCCGCCUUUCCGGCCGCGGCGAGGAGCGCGGUUGCGGGGCUUGCAGCAAGAUGCUCAAGGUAGCAGCCUUCGUGUGCGUGUGUGCAGCAGCCUGGUGCAGCCCGGCGCUGGCGGCGGCGGCGGCGGCCGGGGGCAGACCGGACAGCGGCAAUUUUCUGGACGAUAAACAAUGGCUCACGACCAUCUCCCAGUACGACAAGGAGGUCGGGCAGUGGAACAAAUUCCGAGACGAAGUAGAGGAUGAUUAUUUUCGUACAUGGAGUCCGGGUAAACCAUUUGAUCAAGCUUUAGAUCCGGCUAAAGAUCCAUGUUUAAAGAUGAAAUGUAGUCGCCAUAAGGUGUGUGUUGCACAGGAUCAACAAACUGCUGUUUGCAUUAGUCACCGAAGGCUUACGCACAGACAACCUGCAGUUAAAAGCCUAACAAAGCAGAGGAUAGUUGAGAGAAGUAUGAAAGAGGCUGGUUUAGGCCAUAAACAGUGGAGGGGUGGUCCCAUUUCAUCAAACUGCAAGCAGUGUCCAGUAGUUUAUACCAAUCCUGUUUGUGGAUCAGAUGGUCACACAUAUUCUUCUCAGUGCAAAUUAGACUAUCAAGCCUGUGUCUCAGGAAAACAAAUCUCAGUGAAAUGCGAAGGACGUUGCCCUUGCCCUUCUGACAAAUCCACAAAUGCAGGCAGAAAUGAUAGGAGAGUGUGCAGUGACCUGGAAUUCAGGGAGGUGGCAAACAGAUUGCGAGACUGGUUUAAGGCACUUCAUGAAAGUGGAAUUCAGAAUAAGAAGACUAGGAUUGUUCAAAGGCCUGAAAGAACCAGAUUUGAUACCAGCAUUUUGCCAAUUUGCAAAGACUCCCUUGGCUGGAUGUUUAACAGGCUUGAUACGAACUAUGACCUGUUGUUGGACCAGUCAGAACUUGGAAGCAUUUACCUUGACAAGAAUGAGCCAUGCACCAGGGCGUUCUUCAAUUCUUGUGACACAUACAAGGACAGUUUGAUAUCAAACAAUGAGUGGUGCUACUGCUUCCAAAGACAGCAAGACCCACCUUGCCAGACAGAACUCGCCAACAUUCAGAAGCAGCAAGGAGGAAAGAAGCUCCUAGGGCAGUACAUCCCCUUAUGUGAUGAAGAUGGGUAUUACAAACCAAGUCAGUGCCAUGGAAGCAUAGGGCAGUGCUGGUGUGUUGACAGAUAUGGUAAUGAGGUAACAGGAUCCAGAACAAAUGGUAUGGCAGAAUGUGCUAUUGAUUUAGAGACUUCAGGUGAUUUUGCCUCUGGCGAUUUCCAUGAAUGGACAGAUGAUGAAGAUGACGAAGAUGAAAUAAUGAAUGAUGAAGAUGAAAUUGAAGAUGAUGAUGAAGAUGAAGGAGAUGAUGAUGUUGAUGAUGACGAUGAUCAUGAUGGAUAUAUUUGAUGAUAUUAGGGGGUCCAGGAAUUGUACCUUUCUAAAAUCCACAAGAUGACAUUUCAUAAAAUCCCUUUGCUCUCCAAGAUCAAAAGGAUUCUAACAAACAUGUAUAUUUUGUAUGAUUAUUUCAAACAUUGCAGCUGGAGUCAUAGACUAGUUUUGUUUAAAUAAAAAUAAUUAUAUUAUGUGCUUUUGAGUUUUUAAAUGCCUUUGCGCUGAAGAAAACACAUUGGAAGUCUAGCCUGAGGAAAGAAAUGUUAUGUGCUACUGAAAAUAUAAAUGUGCAAAACACACUAUAAAGACAACCAGUCUCUUUAAAACUCCGGUGAAAAGGUACUGGCCCUUACUUGGAACUGUGCAUGUCCUCUUCAGAACACAUACUGUAACUUAACUUUAGUUCUGUCAGUGUUUUAGGCCCUGCGGGCUUUGCAAAUUGUCCAUUUAAUAAAUCAAAAAUGUAUUACAGUAGAAGAACAUUGGUGCACGAGUAGCAUCUCACCAGCCUUUAAUUAACCAAAGGUAUGGAGAAAAAUUAUCAGGAGGGAAAAAUAAAGCAAAGUCCUCCUUUGUGUUUGCAUUUGUAGUUAUGUUUUUUUACUAGGAAAUGGCUAGGUUAUUGAGAGGAUUUUUCAAAAGCAGUAGCAUGGACAAGCACCAAUUCUGUAAUUCUAAAGUUUUCUUGUCCUUUUUAAUUUUUUUUUUUGUUCACGACAAGGUCAUACAGGCUUUAUUAUUAUUUACUCAAACAUUGCUUCACCCUCUGUUGUUUCUCCGUAUUUCUCUCUAAUCAGAUUAGCGUAAAAUAUUCUACAUGGGGAAAAACUUUGCUUAAAAUUGUAUUACCUUUAUACAUGACUGUAUUUCAGAGUCUUGGCACUUGCCCCAAGGUAGUUUUUAAUAAAUGUAUAAUGAUUCUUUUUAUUUUCUUAAUUCAGGAAGUAGUUUUGCAUCUUUAUCUUAAUUCAUGUUGUUUUCUGUUACUAGUGCAGAAACUUAGAGAGCGUAUUGUAAAGGUGCCUUGCAAAAUAGAAAUAGAGAGGUUUUAGCAUGCACACCAGUAUAGGAUGUUAGGCAAUAGCUAAGCACACCCAAUUACCAAAUUAAUACCAGUAUAGGUACUGCUGCUGGAAUGAAGAAUAUGGGUUAUUUUAAUUUUUUUUCCUAUUGUUAUGUAAUUACCAUGUGGACUAGAUUAUAAUUAUUGUGUAGAGUAGCACUUAAGAUUUGACUGUAGAGAAAAUUACUUUAAUCACUGUAUUUAUGUUAGCAUGUUAAUUAAUUGUGUAGAUAUUUUGGGACUCCGCCAUCUUCGUUCAUAUCAUAUCUGUUGCUUUCUGCCCACAAUAAAAUUGACGUGACCUGUAUAAUGUAAUACUACAGGUUCUAUAAUUUCAAAAUUGGAUCACUGGUUUCCCAUCGUUAAUUAAAAGGAAAAUCAGUUUCUUAUUUGAAUUAAUUUCUACACAUUAAGUACUAAAUUUAAUGUUUACCCUAUGUAAUAUUGAAAAGUAUAAUGCAUUUUCUUUUUUACUGUUUCUGUAUAGUUUGCAAAAUAAAGACUCUUGUAACCAA